GCACAUAACUCCAUAAACCCGAACAUCUCAUACAUUACAAUUUCCUUGAUUCACAAUUGACGUAAACGAAAUGGCUGCCAUGAAUGAUUGGUUAUCUGUUCGCAUACUUUCCUAAGCAGAAACAAUAAGGAUAGUUGACUCUUAGUCACAGAAAGGGGUUAGGUGUUUUGAGAGUGUCUCUGAGCUCGAGCGGUUGCGGCAACGGUGGCGGUGGAGGAGAGAGAGAGUCUAGGGUUGCGAUGGAGAGCACAUUGAAGGACGCGAGGGACGGUGCGGCGGCGGCGGACGUGGAUCCGAAACCGACCCUCGGCGGCAGGGUUGAGGACGUGUACGGUGAGGAUCGUGCCACCGAGGACCAAAUAGUUACCCCCUGGGCUACCUACGUUGCCAGUGGGUUUUCUUUGUUGAGGGACCCACACUAUAACAAGGGGCUUGCCUUCACCGAGAAAGAGAGGGAUGCUCAUUAUUUGUGUGGUCUGCUACCCCCUGUGGUUAUCACUCAACAACUUCAGGAGAAGAAAAUGAUGCACAUUAUUCGUCAAUAUGAAGUUCCAUUGCAGAAGUACAUGGCAAUGAUGGACCUCCAGGAGAGGAAUGAGAGACUGUUCUACAAGCUUCUCAUAGACAAUGUUGAGGAACUUCUCCCUGUUGUCUACACUCCAACUGUUGGUGAGGCUUGCCAGAAGUAUGGGAGCAUUUACAGGCGCCCUCAGGGUCCUUACAUUAGCUUGAAAGAGAAAGGAAAGAUUCAUGAGCUAUUGAAAAACUGGCCUGAGAGGAGCAUUCAAGUUAUUGUCGUGACUGACGGAGAGCGAAUUUUGGGACUUGGGGACCUUGGCUGCCAGGGAAUGGGCAUACCUGUUGGAAAACUGGCUCUAUAUGCAGCACUUGGAGGAGUUAGACCUUCUGCGUGUUUGCCCGUUACCAUUGAUGUGGGGACAAACAACGAGCAGUUGUUGAAGGAUGAGUUUUACAUUGGGCUCAGACAAAGGAGGGGAACUGGGAAGGAAUAUGAUGACCUUCUUCAUGAAUUCAUGAGUGCUGUCAAACAGAAUUACGGUGAAAAAGUACUGAUACAGUUUGAAGAUUUUGCAAACCACAAUGCGUUUAAGCUGCUUGCGAAAUAUGGUACUACUCAUCUCACCUUCAAUGAUGAUAUCCAGGGGACGGCAUCUGUGGUUCUUGCUGGGCUGCUUGCAGCAUUGAAGUUACUUGGUGGUACCUUCGCGAAUCAAACUUUUUUAUUCCUUGGUGCUGGGGAAGCGGGAACUGGGAUAGCGGAACUAUUGGCUCUUGAAAUCUCAAAACAGAUUAAAGCUCCUUUGGAAGAGGCACGUAAGAAGAUCUGGCUUGUGGACUCCAAGGGGCUAAUUGUUAGUUCUCGUAAGGAUUCCCUUCAGCAUUUCAAGAAACCUUGGGCUCAUGAACACGAACCUGUCAAAGAUCUUUUAGAUGCUAUUAAGGCUAUCAAACCAACAGUUCUAAUUGGUUCGUCGGGAGUAGGAAAAACAUUUACAAAAGCGGUCAUUGAGGCCAUGGCAUCCUUCAAUGAGAAACCUCUCAUUUUGGCUCUGUCCAACCCAACCUCCCAAUCUGAAUGCACAGCUGAAGAAGCUUACACCUGGAGUCAGGGGCGUGCAAUUUUUGCUAGUGGAAGUCCAUUUGACCCUGUGGAAUACAACGGCGUAGUCUAUGUACCUGGCCAGGCAAACAAUGCAUACAUUUUUCCUGGAUUUGGUUUGGGUUUGGUCAUGUCUGGUGCAAUUCGUGUACGUGAUGAAAUGCUUCUGGCAGCCUCUGAAGCUUUGGCGGAGGAAGUAACAAAAGAGAACUUCGAUAAGGGGUUGAUCUAUCCACCGUUAUCUAAUAUCAGAAAGAUCUCUGCACAUAUUGCAGCUAAUGUUGCUGCUAAAGCAUAUGAACUCGGUGUGGCAACACGUCUCCCUCGACCUGAGAAUCUUGUGAAAUACGCUGAAAGCUGCAUGUAUACUCCGAAUUACAGAAGCUACAGAUGAAUUGGCUGAAUAGUUAAUUGAUCUUUUUCAGCUUGUAGUCAUGUAUAGUGUCAAUUUUACCUUCUUGUAUGGUGUAUCUUUCACCAACCUUCCUCAUAGAUCGUAGUGUUUCACAACAGUUGUGGUUUAAUAAGCUGCUGUGUAUUAAAAAUAGACACCUCCAUAGACUCAGAUUGGUAUGGGUAUCUGUUGAGUUUUUGGUGAAAUUGUCAUCCCUAUGCUCGACCUUAGCGGUUGUUUGCUUAUGGAAUGAGAAAAGUAGCGAAGGAUCUAUUUUGGUAA